AUGGGUGUCAUGUGGAUGGAUAGUGGGUGUAGUGGUUCAGCUCACCAUAGAUUUGCAUGUUUUUCCUCAUCGAUAGAUCGUAAUUAUCAUCAAAGCCUUCAACGGAAUGCUCCUCGCAAGACCAAUAAUACUACCGAAUCAUCAACAGUAGCAAAUAAUAACAAGACAAACUCAACUAUGAACCAGAAAAACAAUUCAAAAUCAAACAACAGUCUUGAUGAUUCAGCAACGACAAGUUCGGAUCAAGCAUCAAAUGUUGACUCAACCACACCUUCUACAUUAUUGACUCCACCAACCACUCCACAAGAGGUUGAUUCCAUGACGACUAACAGCCAAAUCAACAGCUCCACAAAUCUUGCAUCAUCGCCUGCCUUACCAACCACAACUAAUGGUACCACUACAGCACAACAAUCAUCAUUACCCAACACAACCACACCCUCUCCAUUACUUGCUCCUAACAUUGAUCCUACCCUAUUAGCCUCGGUAAAUCCUCAAGUUGUGAAUCCCGAAUACCACUUUUACACUCAAAAAAUUAGGAAUUUAGCCUAUGAAAUUGAUCUCUUGUUAAAGAGACGAGGUUAUUUCUUGUUCAGAGUGUUAAUUGGUUCUCUCAUUGUUAUUGCUGUGGUCAUUUACAAAUUUGGUGAAAAUAUCAAGAAUUUCUUUAGUCACCAUGGAGCUGAUGUCGCCUCAAAAUCUUUAGAAUCUAAAAACUUGAAAAUGAGUGCUGAACAAUUGAGUAAGGAUGUGGUUCAACAAGUAUUGAGCGAUCCUAAAACAGUGGAGCAAGCUGUUAACUUUUUAAGCCAAUUAUUUGCAAGAAAAGAUACUCAAGAUUUAUUGGUUGCAUUAUUAUUACAAGUUUUGAAAGAUCCAACUACACAGGCCUAUGUCUCUAAAUUUGUCAAGGAAACUGUGGCCAUGUACUUGUUGAAUGACGAACAAACCAUGCAAGUUACUUCAGAUUUUGUUUAUCGCAUUUUACAAAAACCAGAAACAAAAGAGCAAUUGGUCAUGUUAUUGAACAAUGCACUGAAAGAUGAAUCGUUUAGACAAUCCGUUGCUGAAAUGUUUUCAUCUGUCAUUUUGUUCGAUGUUGUGAAAAAGAGUGGAGCUGAGCUUGGAGCUGAUGCUGUUCACACUGUACUCGAGGAUCAAGCUGUGAAACAACAUGCCGAAACAUUUAUCACAGCCGUAUUAUUGAACCAGAAAAUUCAACACGAUGCUGGAUUUGCACUUUGGGAAGCUCUUAAGGUUUCACUCACACCAACAUGGUUCUAUCAUCCACCAAAAACCACUGAUCAAGCACAGCCUGGAGCAGAACAAGAUGCAACUAGCACUACUACUGGACAAGCACAGCCAGAAAAUUCAACUGAACAGAAUAAGGCACCACAAAAAGAGCCCUCUGCUGUUACAGAGUCUGCAAACUCAGUAGCAAACCCAGCUCUUGAACAAGAGCAAAUUUCACAAGCAGCACAAAGUCCUGCUGCUGCAUUGGAGCAGAACUUGUCAUCGCCGCCACCACCACAAGACACACAAUUGUCCAAUGCACAUCUCUCUCAGUCCAAUGGCUCAUUAACCAACUUGGUAUCCUCAGCUCCAAGUCAGCAAAAGAAUACCUCCUUGUCCGUUUCUCCCACUCUUUCUAUUCAAGAAUCAUCACCACCUCUGAUUAAGGAAUCGUUCGAAAUUGCUAGUACUCCACCUCAAACAUCUUCAAAACCAACAACUUCAACACAAGUUGCAUUGGUAAAUGAUAACAACAACAAACAACAAUAA